AUGAACGAAUAUAGAUGUCCUAGCAGAGAAGACUGGGUUAAACUUGCAAAUAUAUUUAGUUUAGAGUAUGAGAGUUGUAGUAUUAAUGAAAACAAGGACUAUAAAAAGUUAAUGCAUAAGUUUUCAGAAGAUUCUCCUGCUAUAGAUAUUCAUAUGCCUUUUAAUCUAUAUCUAUUAUAUUUUUAUUUUAAAUGUUACCCAAAGGAACAAAAAGAAACUACUUGCUAUGGAGAUUGUAAUGUUCAAGCGGUAUUGGAAAAGUUUCAUGAAUAUAUCGAGCUUUAUAGUGAACGAGAAGUCAGUAUUUUUAAGAAAAUAUACUCAGACUCACAACAAACAAUUGAAUCGUUGGAUAUCGUUGAUGCAUCAGCUGAUGAGGAUGAUGGCGAUGAUGACGAGCUGGACGCCGAUGACGAUUUAGUGGAUCUAGACACUGGAGAUCUCGUCGACACUGCCGUACAGCAGUCAGACAAGCCAUCGAUUCACAACCAAAGUUUUGGUUUCACUUCCGAAAUGUCUCUUGAUGAAAGUACAAAGCUAUCACUCGUAUAUUCUACCUGCGAAGAGUACUCUGUAUCCGCCAAUUGUCAUGCUACAAAGACUCCAUUAGAGCCAAGAAGGAUAUAUUCUUUAAUAUAUGUCUGA